GAGAGAUGAACUCGGUUUCCCUAGUGGCGCUGCGGCUGCAAGUCCAAAAUCAGACUUUCCCGGUCUACAGAACGGUUUGAACCAGGUGGCGGCUGUAGUCGCUGGCACAAGUUCGGGGUGAUAAUGCCUGUGUCUUGCAUCUGGAGAGGUCUGGAUCAAGAAUCGGCACUCUCAAGUCCCACCUGAUAUCUGCUUAUCAGAGUAUUUCGCCUUUCCCCUAGAUUCCCCAAGCGCCGUUCCCUGCUAGUCCUAGUUUUGGCCUGAUAUUGCAUCCCUACCUUUACUAUUACUUCCUCAGUCCCCACUCUGACGUGUGGUUUUACUGGGGCUGUGCCUCGGGUAUUCCAGGCUAGGAGAGCAAGGCUAGGAGACGCCAGGAGGAAACCUCGCAGAAGGUUAUGAGUAGGAGCCUGAGCUGGUCUGAGCACCUCGACGCACUUCUCAAUGCUACUAAUGGAAAUAUAGCCAGGAUUAAGCAGCAUCUGUAUCCUCUUGGAGUCUCCACAGCAGCAGGAGACCUGCCUGGGACCUGGAUUUCCCCUCAUCAUUUGCCUCCACAGUCUGGAGGCCAAGCUCAACAGUCUUGGUUAGAGACUCCCUUUGCUCCGGAGAGGCUGAGUUGGGCUGAGGCCCACAGAGAAUCUUCUCUCUGGGCUGAAGUUAUUAUUCUCCGGUCCCAGCUUCAGUCCCAGGCUCAGGUGACUGAGACACUGAGGAAGGCUGUGCAGGGGCUGCUGGAAGAGCGAGAGCUGCAGAAGUAUCAGAUCCGUGCUCUGGAAGCAUCACUAAGGCUGCUGCAGGGGGGUCCAGAGCAGAGAGCCCUCCUCUUGGAGCAACGCGUGGAGGGUCUGAGAAAGGAACUGCAGUGCCUUCGAAGCCAGGUGCAGAAACAGGCCCAAGCCCAAAUACAAACAGGACCACGAAAGUGCAGCGCUACUAGUGGUCUUCACCAAGAGUUGCAGAAUGAGCGGCGACUCCUAUGGGAGGAGUCAGAGAUUCUUCGGGAGGAUCUAAAGCUGCUGCGGGACCAGCUGAGUCAGCACCAGGAGCUGCUGCUGAAACAGAUGGCUGAGGGGCAGCAAGCUCAGGCCCACAGCUGGAAGAUGUUGGAGGAACUGCAAAGUGGCCAGGAGGGCAAAGAUCAAACUGUGGAGGCUGCCACAGGACAGAGGCCCAGGAUGCCCCAUGCGAUCACAACCUCCUCAGGACCUCCGCUCACAUCCUCCAGUCUAAGAUUGCCCCUGUUCACUGGUUAUCUUUCUUCAUCUAGCUCUGAAGUCAGUCUUCUAGACAAUAACAGCAACUGGAAACCUUUAAUAUAGCUAGAUCUCCAGAGGAGCACACUUUCUAACCUGGAGCCCAGCAGCUUACAGCUAUAGGCCCAGAGCCUUGAGCAGGAGAAACUCUUCUUUAAGGGCCGGCCCCACAAUGUUCCUGAGUGACCUGUAAGGACUUGUAAGA